AUGGUAAGAAUAGAAGCUCCAGAAGAUUUGGAUUCAACACCCGCUUCGUCCAAUUCGAUAGAGGAGACGACAAAUAUCAGCCCCGAGGAGUUGUUCUCGGAUCUGAUGGCUCGAGUUAAGCAGGAGCCGGUCGACGACUACGAGACGGUAGAAAACGAGCUCGCACCGGUCAUACCACAACCGGAAAUCGUAGAAGCGAAACCCGAAGCCGAGGAGCCCAAAUCCGGACGAUUGACGCGGAAACGAAAAGUGAAAGACCGCUGUAAAAUGAUGCAUUUUAUGCUGCUCUUUUCACGACAAGGCAAAUUGCGAUUGCAGAAGUGGUAUUCGCCGUAUUUAGAUAAGCAAAAGAAGAAAAUUUGUUUUGAGCUGAUCACGCAAAUUCUGGCGCGAAAGCCGAAAAAUGUGCGCUUUUUGGAGUAUCUGGGGUUAAAUAUGGGAGCGUCGUUCGAUAAAAGCUCUGUCUGCGAGCUCGACAUCAUUUUCAACUACGAGAAGGCCUAUUUUAUCUUGGAUGAAUUUCUGUUGGCCGGCGAAGUGCAGUUGGCUUGUUUCAGGAAAACCAGCAAAAAGCAGAUCCGCAACAUCAUCAUGGCCCAGGAUCAGCUGCAAGAGGCCGAGACACCCACAACGGGAUUUGUUCGGAAUAUCCACGGGCUGGGA